AUGUCGUCAGGCUGGGUCCCCACCUGGUUAUCACUGCUUUCUUUUUGGGGCCCAUAUGCGGGCAACGGGGAGGUGAUCUUGGUUGGCGUCAGGUAUUGUACCUCGACGCCUCCGCGCAGCUUGUACUGCGAUCGACUGCCUGGGUAUUCGUGCCCCCUCAGUCAUCAAUCGUCGUCAUGGAGCUAG